CUAUGCAAAUUUUAUACAGACAUGUGGACGAGGAUUCUUCUGAGUAUUCUUUCCUUGCACUGGAUUGCCACAGCGUCUCCUGAACCCCAAUAUGUGCUGCUGGUCCCUACAGUGGUUCGGAGUGAUUCUCCACAGAGUGUUUGCAUACAGCUCCACAAUGUCACUGAGCCUCUGUUCCUGAGUGUUUUUCUGSAAUAUAACAGUACCCGGACAACUCUUUUUGAGGAAUCUCUGACAGAGAAUGCUUUCUUCAAGUGCAACAAAUUCAAGGUUCCUCCUGCUACUUCUGACCCUCUGGCUUUCAUUACCUUCUCUGCCAAAGGCACCACAGUCAACUUUGCUGAGAAAAGAUCAGUGGCAAUCGAGAAUGUGGAUAACACUGUCUUCAUCCAGACGGACAAACCCAUCUACAAAGCAGGACAAAAAGUGAUGUUUCGUGUCGUAGCUUUGGAUAGCCAAUUCAGACCUGUUCAGGAGACAUAUCCCCGGAUCGUCAUUGAGGAUCCAGAACAAAAUCAGAUCUUCCAGUGGUUGGAGGUAGCAUCCAAGCGUGGCAUUGUCCAGCUCUCCUUCCCAUUAAUCCAGGAGCCAAUUCUGGGGUUCUAUCACAUCAUUGUGGAGAAGAAGUCUGGUGAAAAAGAGUAUCAUUCUUUCAGCGUGGAGGAAUAUGUGUUGCCAAAGUUUGAAGUGAUAACCACUGUGCCAAAGAGGAUCUCUUUCUUUGAUGAAGAAUUGAGGGUGAACACUUGCGCCUCGUACACUUACGGCCAGCCUGUGCAAGGAAAAGUCCAGAUCAGUGUGUGUCAGCAACGCUUUUAUAGCCCACGAUGUGAGCAAAACCAGAAAGAAAAGUGUGAGAUUGUCACUGCACCGUUGGGCAAAGAUGGCUGCCUCAGCAGUGUCAUUUCCACCAAAAUCUUCCGUCUCUACCGCAGCUAUGCCAGGAUGUUUGCUAGCCUCAGUGUAGAAACCACUGUCACUGAAGAUGGGACAGGUAUUCAGAUGAAAGACUCUGACUAUGUUCCAGUUGUCCAAGAAAAUGACAGAGUGAUGUUCAAGAACAUGGAUCGCUACUACAAGAGGGGAAUUCCUUACUUUGGUCAGGUCACCGUGACAAAUGCGGAUGGCAUGCCCAUUGCCAAUAGGACUGUCUUGCUGGAGCUCAAUGAUGAAUAUAUUGCAAACUAUACCACAGACAACGACGGUACUGCUGCCUUUUCCAUUGAUACCUCCAACUUCUUUGAUCCCAGUUUUAAACUGAGAGCCAGGCAGGUAACAGACGACUGUGUAGACUUUCUUGUGUGGACAAACCAUGAGGAGCCCCAUGCCUUAUUCUCUGUCCGCCGCUUCUACUCAAGAACCAGCAGUUUUGUGAGGAUUGAGCCAGUACAGGAGAAGCUAAGCUGUGGCCAGCAGAAAAAGAUCAAUGUUUUCUAUGUCCUGAACAAAGAGGGGUAUGGAGAUGCUACGCACACAAACUUCUAUUAUGUGGUGAUGAGCAAAGGACAAAUUGUUCUCARUGGGCAGAAGCCAGUCAGCAUUUCUAGUGCUCCCAGAGGCACAUUCUCCAUCACACUGACUGUCACUGAGAAGCUUGCCUCCAGUACCAGACUUCUCCUCUACUCACUGCAUCCUCUUGGGGAGAUAGUGGCUGACAGCUCUUGGAUACAGAGUGAUAUAUGCUUCAAGAACAAGCUACAACUCCAGUUCUCUGAGAAGGAGGGUCUCCCGGGUUCCAACAUCAGCCUUCACCUUGAAGCUGCUGCCAACUCCUACUGCGCUCUGCGAGCUAUAGAUAAGAGCAUCCUUCUCCUUCGGCCUGAACAAGAGUUGUCCCCCGAAACUGUGUACUACCGACAUCGUGUAAGUGAUUUAUAUGGCUACUAUUACAACGGGCUCAACUUGGAAGAUGACAAGCCAGAGCAGUGUACCCCAAUCAAAACAAUCUUUUCUGAUGGCUUGUACUAUGAACCUGUGAAUGUCAGCCGUGAUGGUGAUGUCUACAGGAUUUUCAAGGACAUGGGCCUAAAAGUUUUUACCAACUCUGCGUUACGGAAGCCAGUUCUGUGCCAAGCAGAUGAAUCAAAUCUUGAAGAUGACCGUGUCCCUGCUGAUGCUAUGUCUAAGAUUGUUGGCGGUAGUGGUGGUGGUAGUAAGAGUAUUCGGAAAAUCUUUCCCGAGACCUGGAUUUGGGAUCUGGUUCACACUGAUUCCAAUGGAGAGGCCAAUGUCUUUUUCACUAUUCCUGACACCAUCACAGAAUGGAAAGCCAGUGCUUUCUGCUUGCAGGAUGACAUUGGAUUUGGCAUGUCCUCAACUGUUUCGCUGACAGCAUUCCAACCAUUCUUUGUUGAUCUCACCUUGCCUUACUCAGUAAUUCGAGGUGAAAAGUUUAAUUUAAUAGCCAAUGUCUUCAACUACCUUGACAAAUGCAUUCAGAUCAAUGUUAUACUGGCCGAGUCCAGUGACUACAAGGCAGAAGUCCUUUCACCAGAGGAAAACACAGCGAUUGUGUGUGCUAAUGAGAGGAAAACCUAUAUCUGGACUACUAGCCCCCAUAGCCUUGGUGAGGUGAAAUUCACAAUUACUGCUGAAGCCAAGCUGAACACCAGAUCUGCUGGAGACAGCACAUUCCCAGAAGAUGAAACAAUUCACAGUGACACACUUAUUCAAACUCUACUAGUUGAGCCUGAAGGUAUUAAAAAAGAAUUGACUCAGAGCUCCCUCAUCUGUACAAAAGAUAAAACAGUUUCUGAACUAGUGUCUCUCAAGCUGCCAGAAAAUGUGGUGCAGGGAUCAGCCCGAGCUUAUUUUUCUGUCAUUGGAGACAUUUUGGGCACAGCUCUGAGAAACAUGGAGAACCUGCUUCAUAUGCCUUAUGGCUGUGGAGAACAAAACAUGGCCUUAUUUACACCAAACAUCUAUGCCCUGGAUUAUCUGAAUAAAACCGGACAGCUGACUGAAACUAUAAGUGCAAAGGGUAUUGGAUAUUUGUCCAGAGGGUAUCAAAAACAGCUAUCAUACAAACACCGGGAUGGAUCCUACAGCUCAUUUGGGACAAGAGAUAGGGAAGGGAGCAUAUGGCUCACUGCCUUUGUAUACAAGUCAUUUGCACAAGCCAAACGCUAUAUCUACAUUGACAGCACCCUCCAGUCUCAAACCUUGAUCUGGCUAGCAAGCAAGCAGAAGUCUGAUGGCUGUUUUGAAAAUGUUGGGUCACAUUUCAACAAUGCCUUGAAGGGAGGAAAAGAAGGUGAAUACUCUCUCACAGCCUAUGUCGUGGCAGCCUUGCUGGAAGGUGGACAUCCUGUUAAUCAUCCUGUGGUUCAGAAUGGCAUGAACUGUUUGGAGACUGCAUUUAACAAAGGAGUCUAUGACACUUAUACCCAGGCCCUUCUUGCCUAUACUUAUGGCUUAGCUGGCAAAGAGAAAAGAAAACAAUUCUUUUUUGAGAAGCUCAACAAAACAGCCACCAGGGUUGGUGGUUCAGUUCACUGGGAGAGAGAAAACAAGCCACCAGCAGAACAUUUCCCUGCCUUCUACUCGCGUGCCCCUUCUGCUGAAAUUGAAAUGACCAGCUAUGUGCUGAUGGCUCUACUCAACAAAAACAAACUUACUCCAGAAGAAUUAUCAUACACUUCUCGCAUUGUACACUGGCUUGUCAAACAGCAAAAUCCUUAUGGUGGCUUUUCCUCCAGUCAGGAUACAGUUGUUGCUCUUCAAGCCUUAGCUCAGUAUGGGUAUCUCACCUUCUCCAAAAAAAGUGUUAACACAGUGAAGGUCAACUUCAUGCAACUCCCAAGUAAGGUUUUCCAGGUGAAUGAAAAGAACCGCUUCAUACAGCAGCAAGCUUCUUUGACYGCUGUCCCAGGGAAUUACAGUGUGGAAGUGAGUGGCACUGGCUGUGUCUAUCUGCAGACAACCCUGAGAUACAACAUCCAUCUACCCAAAAAGGUUGCAGGAUUUUCUCUCUCAGUACAGUCAGCCAAUGUAUCCUGCACAAGUAACUUCCCACUGAAAUUUGAUCUUGUCAUCUCUACCAGUUACACGGGAAAUCGCAAUGUCUCCAACAUGGCCAUUAUUGAUGUGAAGAUGCUGUCAGGUUUUGUUCCCGUCAGAUCUUCUCUGAAAAAGCUUCAACAAUAUGAUUCUAUUGUGAAUCAAGUAGACAUUAAGAAUGACCACAUCAUCUUCUACCUGCAGAAGGUCUUCCAGAAGGAAAUCAGUUUCUCUUUCAGCGUGGAACAAAGCCUACCUGUGUCAGAUAUUAAAGCAGCUUCUGUACAUAUUUAUGACUACUACGAAACAGAUGAAUAUGCUGUUGCAGAAUACAAAUCACCCUGCUCCCAGCCUUCCAAGUGA